AUGACACAGGCGGGCAUGGAUUGGCAUGGCGUUUACAAAGAUAUGCUGUUUGGAAGAGGAACAAUCAAUCCCCCUUGCACCCACCUCAAAGCUGAGGAUGCGAAAACUGUCUUGCCAGACGGGCAGGCGAACGACGCGGGGCUGCGGCGGAGCACAAAAACCACCACUGAUGGGGUUGAAGGGGAUCAAAUGCCGAGUAAUCCUGCUUCCCUCGUGCAGGACUUUCUGAGCGGCUCACCAAGGGUGCGGAAGCGCGGCUGCAGGAACAUAUCGUGCAUUUUUCGAGCACUGGGCAGCGCCGUUGACGAGUUUCUCCUUUUCCUUCAAGAGUUUGAGGAGGGUGAAGAUGACGAGGACGUGCUGGCGACUCUUUGUAACGAGCUGAGGAAGUUCUUUGAUGGUCGUGGCAAGUUCACACACGGCCGCGAUGAGUGCCCUUAUAUCUGGGCAGGAGGUCUGAGCAUCAUUUCAAGCCUGUUGCUUCGAAUCAUGCUCCAUAGAGACAAGGAACUGCAGACGGCGGCACUCCAGGCCUUUUCAGCCCUCGUUUCAACCUGUGAUCAUGUUGAGCUUCUCGGAAACAAAGUGGUGUUUCAGGUUUUAGAGCUCUGCGAAGACAAACAAAGCGCACCCCGCCAGGCGGCUGCAGCACUGAUACCCGCCCUGCUCCACUGCACGCGCCGCUGCUCGGCAGACCUCCUGUCGAAGCAGCGAGUGCCAGGGACGCCAGAGGACUCGCGCGCUCUUAAAGCAUUGCUGGAGCUGAAACGAACGCUGUUCGCUUCCUAUGUUGCGCUUUGCGGGGAUAAGAGCUGCUCGGUGCAGCUGGCAGCUGGUCAGCAGCUGCCGCUCUUUGUGGAUUAUGUUGCAGCGGAAACGGAAGUGUUGCAACAGGGAUUGUCAACACAGCAUGUUGCUGAUGACGUGACCGACGGAAGCUCAGACGGAGCAGUCGGAGAACUGAUGGUUGCCGUUUACACGGCAACUCAGAAAUUUACUCUUUCUCUUCACGUGAUUCCUCUUGGCGGGUGCGCGCAACCGUGUGCCUGGCACUGGAAGACCUGGCUCUUCUUUCCUGCAACGCAACACAUCUUUCAGCUGGUGAAGUCACUGGAGUUAGCGAAGAGGAUGGAAAAGUUGCCAGCAUGA